AUGGUGGAGAAACAAGCACUACCAACUCUACGACAUCUAGCACCUUAUCGUUUGCAAUGGUUGAACGAUAGUGGGAAUGUUCGUGUCACUAAGCAAGUCCAAGUACGUUUCCGAAUUGGAAAGUAUGAGGACGUAGUGCUAUGCGACGUGGUUCCAAUGCAAGCAUGCCACAUAUUAUUGGGGAGACCGUGGCAAUUUGACAAGGGAGUUAUAUUCGAUGGCAUUACAAACAAAUACUUCUUCAAGCAAGGUGAGAAGAGGAUUGUUCUUGUACCACUAAUUCCUAGCCAAGUUCAUGAAGAUCAAGAAAGCUUGAUAAAGGAGAGUGAACUCGAGAAUGCGAAGAAAAAGAAAGAAAAAGCCGAGGGAUUGAAAGAAAGUGAAAGGGCCGAGAAAAUUGAGAGAAAAAAGGAAAAUGGUGAGCCAGCCAAAGAGGGAAGGCAAAACCUAAUGAUAAAAACCAAUGUAGUGAGAAAAGCUUUGAGUAUUAAUACACCUGUCUUUGUACUUUUGUGCAAAGAGGUGUUGGUUAUUACAAGUGAUCUUACUAACACUUUACCAUCAAGUAUUGUCUCUCUCUUGCAGGAAUAUGAUGAUCUUUUUCCCGCUGAGAUUCCAAAUGGAUUACCACCAAUUAGGGGAAUUGAACAUCAAAUCGACUUGGUUCCAGGCGCUUCAUUCCCUAACAAACCAACCUACAAAAUGGGACCAGAUGAAACCAAGGAGCUACAACGCCAAAUUGAUGAACUUUUAACAAAAGAAUGGGCGCGGGAAAGCUUGAAUCCGUGCGCGGUUCCUAUCAUCUUGUUGCCUAAAAAGGAUGGAAGUUGGCGAAUGUGCACUGACUGUAGGGACAUCAAUGCAAUAAUGGGAAUCAAGGUGGACGAGGAGAAAGUCAAAGCCAUUCGAGAAUGGCCGACUCCAAGCACAGUGGGUGAGGUACGCAGCUUUCAUGGUCUUGCCAGCUUUUAUAGAUGGUUUGUCAAAGAUUUUAGUACCAUUGCUGCACCUUUAACUGCUAUGAUUAAGAAAAAUGAGAAAUUUGUGUGGGGUGAUGCUCAAGAACGUGCAUUUCAAAUGUGA